AUGUUGACCGCAGGACGGUCAUGGAAAGUCUUGGUACAACACUUCGUGAUAACUUUUGUAUUGGCAGGCUUUGCGCAAUCCUCUCAGCAUGAUCAGCAGUCUGAGGCUAGCAGCCACUGGAAAUCAGAGGCAGAGUUGUUUCGGUAUCCCAUUUGCUUGCGCACUGAGUUACAUGCCUCAGCCUCAGGACUUGUGGUUGUAUCUCAUGCAGCGGAUGAUCUUGCAGCAACUGCAGGAGGUGCAGCAGCUACAGCUGCAGCGUUGACUGUGGAGCUGGCACAGGACCAGGAACAAGACACGGACUCAUUACUUGGCGGUUCCAGCUUCCUCUCAUUUGGAGACUGGAAGAAGCAGAAUUUGGCCAAGGGUGGACAGCCAGCAGAAAAUGCGAAGGAUGGCAGACAACAAACGGGAAUUAAUAAUGCAUUAGACUCUUUAGGAGAUGAUGCAGAGAUUGAGCUGGAUUUUGGAGGAUUUGGAGCUGAGACCCCGGCUGUCAGUCUGACGUCUUGGGGUACACCUAUUCCAACACCGCAAGUGGAUAGGCAGGAUAAAGAUGUCUAUGAUGAUCCCACCUAUGCACAGGGCAUUGUACCGGCAGACGUCUCCCGCCGCAAAGAUGCCGGUACGACUUGCAAAGAGCGGUUCAACUAUGCUUCCUUUGAUUGUGCAGCUACGGUGCUCAAGACGAACUCCGAAUGUAAAGGCUCGUCCUCUGUGCUCCUUGAAAACAAAGAUAGUUACAUGUUGAAUGAGUGUCGGGCUAAGAACAAGUUCCUUAUUCUGGAGCUGUGUGAUGACAUUCUCGUGGAUACUGUCGUCUUGGCAAAUUACGAGUUUUUUAGCUCCAUCUUUCACACUUUCCGGGUGAGCGUCUCGGACAGGUACCCUGCAAAACCGGACCAGUGGAAAGAACUGGGGAUUUACGAGGCACGCAACACUCGUGAAGUGCAAGCUUUUGCCGUUGCAAACUCACUUAUCUGGGCUCGGUACCUCCGCAUUGAGUUUUUGACUCACUAUGGUCAUGAGUUUUAUUGUCCUGUCAGUCUUAUUCGUGUCCAUGGCACCACCAUGAUGGAAGAGUACAAACACGACGAGAGUGUUAGCCGCGAGGAGCCUGAGGUUGUAGAGGAAUCAGCGGAGAUAGCUGACCCUCCCGGGCUACCUAAUGGUGCAGAAACAGAAUCCCAAGCCGUUGAUGGGAUCUUUGUACCAGAAGCUGUGGUCAAAGAGGAACUCAGUAAUGUGCAGAACGAGUCUCUCCCGGAUCCUUUCACCGAACUGGAAAUGCUACUUUUUGGUGCUCCGACCAAGCCCGUAGAGACUUGUGGUAUAUUUGAGCAACCAAUGCAGCCAAUUUCCAAAACAGCCAAUACAGCCCAGACAGUCCAAACAUCGAACUCGACGGUUGUCAUGGGUGAUACUAUUUCUGCGACUCAGGCUGGUUCCUCUUCCUCAUCCAAAGCUGCAGAAGACAUUCGAAAGACAGGUGACCCUCAGGUUGUCGUGACGGCACCAGGUGCAUCCACAGCAGAAGCAGUAGCGGCAGUAGAGUCGGCUCAGCAAAACACUACAGCUGAGGACACCGGCAGGAGUACUAGUAACGCGAAAGAGGAGCAAACCAUGCAGGCACCACCAUCACCAGAACCUAUUAGACCUACAUCUACGCAGCCGCCAUCUGCCAAUCCCACUACUCAGGAGUCCUUCUUCAAGUCCGUUCACAAGCGGCUUCAGAUGCUUGAAUCCAAUUCUAGCCUCUCCCUACUAUACAUCGAGGAUCAGUCUCGCAUUCUUCGGGAUGCAUUCAACAAAGUAGAGAAACGCCAGCUAGCGAAGACAACCACUUUCCUCGAGAAUUUGAAUGUGACCGUUCUCAACGAGCUUAAAGAGUUCCGAGAACAGUAUGAUCAAGUUUGGAAGACCGUCGCGUUUGAAUUUGAGCACCAGCGUGUCCUAUACCGCCAGGAAGUACACGCUUUAAGUGCUCAACUAGGCGUUCUUGCAGAUGAGCUCGUCUCACAGAAAAGAGUCACCCUCAUCCAGAGUAUUAUGGUCCUCUGCUGUUUUGCCUUGGUCCUUUUCUCUCGAGGGAAUGUCAGCAACUACAUGGAAUUCCCUCGCGUACAGAGAAUGGUCAAUCGAUCGUACAGCUUGCGACCCUCAUCCCCGAUAUUCGCUUCUGCAUCACCCUCUGCGAGUCCUUCGUCUACACGGCCGACUUCCUCAUACCAUAAGAAUGCAAUUCACCGGCGGAAUCUGUCUGAUAGCAGCUCUACUUCACAAGAAGGCCCCGCAAGUCCGACAAUGGCUUAUGUUCCACCGACUCCUACGUCCGAUCUCGAUCAUGAACCAGACCAUGACAAGUGUGAGCAUACACAGACACCCCCUACACCUGGGACUCCACUCUACCGAUCUCAAAGCGUUCCUCUUGCUAUGAAUGGGAAGACGACCUCCGAUCUAGAGGACGAAGAUGUCGAAUUGGCAUCCUAA